GCCCUUCAGCCUCUUCUGCCUUUUAACAUGAGACAAAAGUGUCCCAGGCUCUGAAAGCCGGAACGUGGCCUGCCCUUUCAGAAGAAUCCAGCUGCCUAUGCUCCCAGUGCCUUGCAGAAAACUCCCUAACGCCGCUCUCUUCCCUGUCCCUGCAGAGAGAAGGCUGCUCAGAGUGGUUACUGAAAACAGGAACCAGCCCCUCUGCGAGGCCCGCGCCUUCCUCGUUUCUCACAGAGGAAGCGUGCAGCGUAUGUAGCAACUGCUGCUCUUCUCGAUAGCAUGGGCUUGUCUACACCCGUGGGAGGCCCAGCCGCCCGCUCACUCGGCCGGACCAGCUGCAGCUGAUACAGAGGCGCUGACGCGAUCCUGGCACCUCCGCGCCAGCUGCUCCCAGGGGAGCCCAUGUCCGGCCUGUGAAGGCUCCGCGAGACGUCCGCAGCCCGGGGAGCAAGAGAGAUGGGCAACAGCGUGCGAUCCACUCCCGCACCUCCUGAGAGGACUCUGCCCUGCCCAGAUGGACUGGACGGCGACUACCUGGCUGUGCUGAGUGAUUACCCAUCUCCUGAUAUCAGCCCCCCAAUAUUUCGCCGAGGAGAGAAACUGCGUGUGAUUUCUGAUGAAGGGGGCUGGUGGAAAGCCAUUUCCCUUAGCACUGGCCGAGAGAGCUAUAUUCCUGGAAUAUGUGUGGCCAGAGUUUAUCACGGCUGGCUGUUUGAAGGGCUGGGCAGAGACAAGGCGGAGGAGCUGCUGCAGCUGCCGGACACGAAGAUGGGCUCCUUCAUGAUCAGAGAGAGCGAGACAAAGAAAGGUUUCUACUCUCUGUCGGUGAGACAUCGGCAGGUGAAGCAUUACCGGAUCUUCCGCCUGCCCAACAACUGGUACUACAUUUCGCCCAGGCUCACCUUCCAGUGCCUGGAGGACCUGGUGAAUCACUAUUCCGAGGUGGCCGAUGGCCUCUGCUGUGUGCUGACCACACCCUGCCUCACUCAGAGCACAGCUACCCCCGCAGUGAGAGCCACCGACUCCCCCAUCACCCUGCGCCAGAAGACCCUGGACUGGAAGAGGGUGUCCAGACUUCAGGAUGACCCCGAGGGGGCAAGGAACCCGCUCGGUGUGGACGAGUCCCUUUUCAGCUAUGGCCUUCGAGAAAGCAUCGCCUCCUACCUGUCCCUGACCAGCGAGGACAGCGCCCCCUUGGACCGCAAGAAGAAGAGCAUCUCCCUGAUGUACAGUGGAAGCAAGAGGAAGAGCGCCUUGUUCUCGUCGCCGCCCUACUUUGAGGACUAGCCGAGAGCAGAUGCCACGCCAAGUGCCCGGAAGGAACAGAGGUUCGGCCUCUCAGCUGGGCUCCUGCAGAAAGGCUCGCUUCCCUGGCCCCUGGGGAGCCUCACGUCUUCCAGGAGCCAAGAGAAGCUACGUGCGACUCUCACUCCCACCUUCUCUACCCGCAUGAUGACCUGGGGAACCCUCUCUGGUGUCUGAUCAGUCCUGCAAUGUCACAGAGCGUUGACUUGCGAUGACCUGACCUGGCAGUGUUUCGGGAGAGUCCGACUUGUAUGUUGUACGUGUGUGCCCGUGGUGUUUGUGGGAAAGACAGACACGCUCAUCAGAAAGUGCACCAGGACCAUCCUCCGACCACUGUCCAGAUGGCCGCCCCCUGAGCUCACAGAGAAAACUUCUGAAUGGGAAACGUCUGGGAAGAAGAUGAGCCAGACGCUGUGUCCUGGCCACUGUCUGGGUUUUCGAAUUGGCCUUGUACCUGGAGCCCUCUCAGCCAAUCCACAGAGACCUUCGGCACGCGUCUUUUCUCUCUAAGGGGACUCAGUGACAUUAAACGUGAACCUUCCAGAUUAGUCCUGAAUCAGGAGGUCUCUUUGUCCUGCUGGUCCCAAAGCCACGUACACAGAAGUCAGAUGGCCUCCCUAGCUCUGCUGGGGGCAAGGCAAACAGGAGAGGGGGAGGCUGCUGGCUGGGGGGUGCAAGGAACUGCACGAGCUUGUACCGUGUCCCAGUCACGGCUUUGCGGCCCAGAGAGAGCUCAGGGGCAUAUGGAGGUUCAUGCCUAAAUCGAUGCACCAGUGGUUCAUUCAUGACUUCCUGAAGAGGCACUGUGUUAUGUCCUGUGUACGGUGCCAGGCCAAAAAAAAAGAAAAUAGCAGAGAGAAGGAUGACUGAGCCCCAGGUCCCGGCAGAGGCAGUCAUAGCGUGAACAGGGAGAAACGUGUACUGACAAAUACUAUGUACAUGGGGUGAGAACACAGAAAUCAGCUCCUGGCUUUGGAGGUGGGGGGGGACAGGGGUCAGGUUAGGGUGACCCAGGAGCUCAUGUUUCAGCCAGAUCUUCAGAGAGUGGAAGUCUUGACUGGACUGAGAUCAGAAUGGUUGGAUUUUUUUGGAAAAAGAAAAAGGGAAAUUGCUAAGUUCUAAAGAAUUCAACGCACCCAGUAUUUCACUCUGAGGGCCUGGCAUCCACAUGAAUACAGUGCUGAGCUCCAGGAAGGGUGGGCGUCGGAGGGGCUGCACUCCCUCCAUGCCAUUCAGAGAUGGCAGAGAGACGCAGUCAGGUGGCCCUGGAGGAGGAGAAGCCCGUGUCCCCAGGCCGCCCCGGGACCCCGCUAGGAAGGAGGCUGCAGAUGAAGCUGUGACUCAUUUUCCCCUCUGCAAAGGGGCUCCGGGGAAGGACCAGUACAUGUGAUGUGGCACCUCUCUCCACCCGAUAGAAGUCUGUCUGUCCAGCACACGCAUCCCAUACCUCUGAAAUCGCUGCACUCUCGGUGUGUGUGCGAGCGUUUACAUGGUCUUCCACAUCAUCAGAUUCCAGAGUGUUUAUACAGCAAGACAUUUAUGGUUUCCUCCACGAUCCCCAAAGGCUGCUUCAAAGGGACCGGCCAGCGUGCGGGGAUCGACUGUGAGUGACACUGUGGACGCUGACGUCCGACAUAAGGCAGAGGGACCCUGCGCACUCCAGAUGUUUGUAACAUGUCUCACGUGCUAUUUUCCGUUGUGACUCAUGUGGUGGAACAUGUGGGGAGGACUUGGAGAGAUUUCUAGGUGGGAAGCAUUAAGUUUUGCUAAAUCAUGUAUUUAUUCCUGAUUAAAAUAAACCUAACGCGUAUUUAA